UUCACAACCCUUACAAACGACAAACUACGAAGGGUUGCUCUCGGCAAGAUGGAUCUCGAUGUGGAGCCGCCUUCCCUUCCGAUGCUUCCGUUUGCGGAGGCGGGAGAUUGCCGAGAGACAAUGGCACAUUCGAGUUUAGUGGACGUCGGCUUGGAACAUGAUGAAGUCGGCUGUGACAUUGAGGAGGAGGGAGGCACUCACGCCUGGCUCGUGGUGGCUGCCUGUUCGUUCGGACAAUUCCUCACCGCUUCACUUAUGGGAUGGGGUAUAUUUUUGAUAGUUUUCUUGGACCAGUUCGGCGAGUCAGUCUCUGAAACCUCUCUGGUCGGCUCAAUAUGCGUUGGAUUCACGUUGGGGGCAGGUCCUGUAGCCAGUACCCUGUGUAACCUGUUGACCCACCGGGUGACUUGUAUCCUGGGCAGCAUCAUAAUGACCACUGGCUACGUCAUCAGCGCGUUUGCUCCCAAUAUUUUUGUACUCUACUUCUCCUACGGAUUCUUAAUAGGUUCCGGUGGCGCAUGUCUGGUGGUGUCAUCCGGUGUCAUGGCCAGCUUCUAUUUCCAAAAUAAACGCCAGCUCGUCACUGGUUUCGUCAUAGCAGGCUGCGGUGUUGGAGGACUAGUCUUUCCCCUGAUAGUGAACUAUCUUGUUCUGGAGUUGACUUGGCGAGGUGCUAUGCUGAUUCUUGGUGGAAUCUCCCUGCAAGGCUGCGUGGCAGGCGCCCUCAUGCGACCCAAACAAACGAAACCUAAGAGGUUCAGUGGCCACACAGAGGAAACCAAAACAACCAAAAAACAAAAAAGCAAAUUGGAAAACAAAUUCUGCGACACAUCCCUAUUGAAAAACUGGAUAUUUCUAGCUUUUGCCUUGAUCCAGUCUAUUAGAGGCGUUCACAGCUUCAUUGUCUUCACGACUUUACCAGAUAGAAUAUUGUCUCAGGGUUUCACGCAGUCACAAGGUGCUCAUCUGUUAGCCUUCGCCGGGAUAAGCUCUACAAUCGGAAGGGUACUUAUAGGAGUGUUCGCCAAUUAUGUUCCUAUAAAAGCAACGACUCUACUCGGCAUCAUGUGCUAUUUACAAGCAGCAUCCAUUUUACCACUUGCUUUUGACCUUCCAAGUUUUGGCGUUUUAUGUGUAAUUUCGGCAUUCUAUGGCGCAGCGUACGGUAUGUCCAUGACCCUACUUCCGACAGCGACCAUCGAGUUGUUCGGUCUGGACAGAACGACAGUUGCCUAUGGAUACUUUGUGUGUGGUGAAGGACUAGGUGGUUUUAUUGGACCACCAAUAGCAGGUGUUCUCUAUGACGUCGCAGGGGCCUACUCUGCCUCCUUUCUCACAGCGAGUGCCAUUGCCCUUCUAGGCGGUAUUCUCAGCAUACCUGUAUAUUUGGCACAGAGACGAAGGUUUCAUGACAUCCAGUUGCACGGAAGAAGCAAUAUGGACCCUGGUUCACUGGCAAAACAAUCGAUAGAACCUUGAAUCUGUCUACAGACGUUUUAAAAGGAAAUUCACUUCACAGAUUUUGUAAAUCAAACGACGCAAACAAAGCAUUCACGAUUGGCCUGCAGUAAACAAUAGCAAUUAUCAAAAUGAUUGACAGGUGGU